AUGCCUAGAAGAAGAAAAUAUACUUCUGGGAAUGAGUUAAUUCCAACCAAGUAUGGUAUGCAGUCAACUUCAACAAAACUUAUUUUGUACAACUGGAUGCAUCCAACGAAAAAUCGACUGAAGGAUCCUGAGAUGACUGCUAAUGAAUUACCAAAGUCAAAAUUGCCUUGUCGAAAACCACUGACCAAAAAUCAUUCUACAAAAGUGGUACGCGAUCCGAAACAUUUUCACGGAGAAGUAAAUGAACAUCAACCAGGUAGACAAUGUGGAAACAAACCAAAUAUUCGUGCGUACAAUCCUACGUUAUCAAACAAAAAUUGUUCUGUGAAGCAUGGGAGACAUUCUGGUUGCUUCGAUACUGUAACUGAUAUCUCAAAAGUGGGAAAAUGCCCAAAAGUGACCAAUAAUAUGAAAAAAAGUUGCUUCUAUGAACGAUAUAACAGUCAUCGACAAGAAUGUCAAUUAAAAAGGUUAAAAAACAUAUGGAAACAACAAUUUGAUGUAUAUAUCUUGCCUGUAUUGAAGAAGGACCAAAAUAAGUCAGCUAAAACUAAACUUGAGUUUGUAGAUCAACAAAUGAAUGAGUUCGAUCAUGACAAAGAAGUUUGUGUAGAUAAUACAUCUUACAACUUUAAUACACCGCUGAAAUAUUCACCUUCCUCUAGAUGCGAACAAAGAGAUGAUCUCCUGAAAAAUGCAAAGGAUAAAUACUCACAUAGUGUUUCCGAAGAAUCUUUUGGUUCAACAAUAUACUUUUACUGUUCAACAUGCAGUUAUAUUGUAGGCUAUCGUGACCGUGAACAGCUAAAACAGUUGAACUUAGAGUAUGAAUCUGCCUCAUCAGCAUAUUAUCUCAGUUGUGGAGAUGAUGACAUUGGAGUUGAAUUCGAUAACCAAGAAGAUGAUUUCUUCAAUAUUGACUAUUUGAAUCCAGCAUAUGAAUGGGUGAAAUCUAAUCGUCCUUGUUCUGCGCCUCCAAAAAUCCAUUGUUAA